CGAGUGCAUGCAGAAACUCGCAUGAGAUAAGACAAGUACCCGUGAUUCUCGAUUCAAAACUCGUGAAUUUGGAACAGCUCAUUCACGGCUCGCACAUUGGUUUUUGGCUUGGCGUUUUAAGCUAAUGAUACAUUGCUCAAUCAACAAGUAACGUCCUUAGCAAGAGAAACCGAGGAUUAGCAAUGAUUUGUAUAUUGCUUGUGGCCGGUCACGGCACCGUUUUAGAGACUCAAAUAAAGAACGAUGAUAGCGGCUUGUACAGCCACCUCACUGGGGUGCCAAAAGCCUUGCUUCCUGGCAUCGGAGGAAAGAAGAUCCUGGACUUUUGGUGGGAGACAGUCAACAUGCGUCAGUUAUUCACGGAGGUUUAUCUUGUCACGAAUGCAGACAAAUAUAAGCAUUUUGAGCGCUGGGCUACAGCAAAUGAUUUCCCUCUAGAAAACGUAAUAAAUGAUGGCAGCACCACCCUGGUGGACCGUCUUGGCGCUGUGGCUGACCUGGAGCUGGCCAUACGCAGUCGCAAGCUGCAAGAUGAUGUUAUGGUGAUAGCGGGAGACAUGUUGUGUGCAGACCACAAUUUUGACAUUGGUCAAGUUAUCCGUUUCUUCCGCUCAAAGCCUGGAGAGCUGAUCAUCUACUAUGAGAUGGAGGAAAGCGAGAAAAGCAGCUCCAGGGGAAUUGUAGAAGUCUGCCCCGAUUCUCACAGGAUAACUCGCUUCUUGGAGAAACCCCAGGAAGGGCUGACACCUUCCCGCUUCGCAAGUGUGGUGUUUUACUGCUUGCAGAAAGACACACUGCCCUACUUGUCUGACUUCCUGAGUCUGCGGACGAAAGCCACGGACAGGUCCUUUGGAAAAUUCUGGGAGAGGUUGAUCAACGAGAAUCUGCUUGAGGUGUUUGGAAUGAAGCUUCCUACUGGCUUCCAUCUCAUUGGACAAGUGGGUCUUUCAGACUACACCAAGUGGCUCACACGUUUUGCCACCCGGCAAGAUGACAAAUCUGACAGCCCCAUCACAUAUCGGUCUUACGCCAGGGUUGGAUUGAUGGGGAAUCCAUCAGAUGGUUUCAACGGGAAAACCAUUGCUAUGUCUAUCUCAAACUUCUGGGCAGAGGUCACCCUCGUAAAGAGCCACACUUUGGUUCUACUCCCUCACCCGCUCAAUGACCCCACAGAGUUUGGAAGCUUGCAAGAUUUGUUCAGUAUCAGUCUGAAAGAAGGAUACCUGGGAGGACUCCGACUCUUGCAAGCCACUUGUAAGAAAUUCUACCAGUUCUGCUCCAAACAAGGUAUUGCUUUGACAAAGCAGAACUUCACGCUGAAGUAUGACACAAACAUUCCUCGGCAAGUGGGUCUUGCUGGGAGCAGUGCCAUUGUCUCAGCCACCCUGAAAUGUCUCAUGAAAUUCUACAACCUCAUAGAUGAUGAUCUGCCAAAGCCAGUUCGAGCCAACUUCAUUCUCAGCGUGGAAAGUGAAGAACUCUUCAUUACUGCAGGCCUCCAGGACCGGGUUGUGCAGGUCUAUGAAGGUUUAAUCUACAUGGAUUUCAACAAGACGCUGAUGGAAGAGCAGGGUUACGGUAACUACAUCUCAAUGGAUAUGUGUUCUUUGCCCCCGUUCUGGUUGGCCUACUUGAGUGACCCCAGCGACUCUGGCCGCAUUCAUAGCAACGUCCGUCAGCGCUGGAUCAACGGGGAGCCUUUGGUGGUUGAAGCCAUGGAGACCUUUGCUCACCUUACUGAUCAAGCCAGGGUGGCUCUAACGGACAAAGACUGGAAGCGUCUAGCAGAGCUAAUGGACCAAAACUUUGAGCUAAGAAGGUCUGUGUACUCUGAUGAGUGCCUUGGUCCUGGCAACCUCAAGAUGGUUGAGCUUGCAAAACAAUUUGGAUCAGCUGUGAAGUUACCAGGAAGUGGAGGGGCCGUAGUCGGACUGUGUCUGGAUCUAACUAAACUAGUGGAGAUGAGGCAAGCUUUCCAGGAGGCUGGCUGUGUCUUCUGUGUCAUCACGCCAUACGACCCAUCAGCAGUCCGCUGUAGAGUCACACCGCUCCCGGACCCAAAUUAGGUGAUGUUUGACCCCCGAAGUCAAACCAGUUGAGAACCACCGCUGUAGAUCCUCAACUCCCAGUUGCUUCAUUAAUGGGGAAAAAAUACUUGUGUAUACUUAGAGACAAUAAGGAUUAAAUACUGCAAAUCCAUAAAUAGCACAUUUUCUGAAACUUAGCUGAUAGAUCAAUAAUGAAAGAUUAUGCUGUUUAACUAAUUUGACAUUUUAUUUUAUUUUAUCCAUAAAUUGUAUCGCAAAAAUGCCAUAAUUUUUGUAUCAUAAUAGUUUUUUAUAUGAAGAAUCUUUAUUUUGUACAUAAAUUUUAUAAACAAUUUUGUGUAACGCAUAUUGUUGUAAUUCAUCUCUCCACUAACGUUAGCUUCAAUCAAUCAAUCCGCUACCAAGUUAUUACAGGGGUACUAAGAUUUUAAAUUUUCAAUAAAUGAACAGAAAUAUGAAUGAAUGAAAUGAUCUAUAGUGCUAUAUUGUACCGAAGUGUGAAUGAUUCAAAACUAGUUCACCAGUAAACUUUUCCUCCUGGAGGAAAAAAGUGUAGUUGAAAUAGUAAUAAUAGCUGAAAUAGUAGUAUAAUAGUCAACGGUUUAUAAUAAUAAUAAUAAUAAUAAUACAUUUUAUUUGUAUAGUGCUUUUCAGAGUACUCAAAGAGGCGAGGUACACCCUGGACUGGUGACCAGCCAAUCACAGGGCACAAACAACCAUUCACACUCACAUUCAUACCUAUGGACAAUUUGGAGUCGCCAAUUAACCUAGCAUGUUUUGUUGUAAAAAAAAAUCUGUAUGAGUUUGGAGAUGAACAGUUAGGCCAUAUUUCUUGUAUAGUUUCUCAAGCUGGCGUUUACGGGACGUCAUAUUAUGGCGCACAGGGGUGUACCAGGGGGCAGUAUGGGAGAAAAGCGACCAUUUUGAUUUUUUUUAGGGGCCAGUUCAUCGAGACAGGAGAGGGUAUUGUUGUAGUAGGAGACAAGUUCAGAGGGAUCCUGGUGUAUUAUGAGUAUAAAGGUAACUAUAGGGUUGUUAUUUCAUUUUUAGAGGGCUCUAAUGUUAAUGUAUUUAAAAGGUUGGAAUUUCUAUGCUGUAACUAUGAAUAUAUUCAAUUUAUACAUAAUGAACGUGACUACGGGAAAGUCACUUAUUAGGGUUUAGGGUAUGGAAUUGACCCUGAUAAAAGGACUACCAUACAUUAGCAAUGUAUAACAAACCGUUGUUAGCCCUCAGUAGCAGCAUUGUUUGACUUUUGAGGCGUAGCCUAUUAACUCUUGGAGGUAUCACUGUAUUACAUCAUCUGCACAAAGUGUUUUAAUAGACCUAAAAAAAAAAAAAAGUAAAAAUCAGACAGGCAUACGCCAUUAUUUGCUUCUGUUCCUUUUAAUAGUGAUUAAAGCCACGCUGAGAAACGUGUAAACAAAAAAGACACUUAAGGCGAAUGAUAACUUAUCAAUGUAAGAGCACAGUACAAAGUUAACUCGGAGCGGAAAACUAACACAAGCUGACAUGCACUUAUAAACUCAGACGGCUGUUGUGUAAACCAAGAACGGAUACACAUAGGAAAUAAUUCAUGAAAAUCAACACAUACAUAUGAGUACAUUGCAAAAUGACUCAUUGUUCACAUUCAUUUUCUUGAUAACUUAAUAUUUAAUAAAAAAAAAAACAGCUAAAAGUGUGAAUGUUUGUAGUUCAGCUCGAGUUAAACAGCAAACACUACAGAACUAACGUUAGCUUCAAUCAAUCAAUCCGCUACCAAGUUAUUACAGGGGUACUAAGAUUUUAAAUUUUCAAUAAAUGAACAGAAAUAUGAAUGAAUGAAAUGAUCUAUAGUGCUAUAUUGUACCGAAGUGUGAAUGAUUCAAAACUAGUUCACCAGUAAACUUUUCCUCCUGGAGGAAAAAAGUGUAGUUGAAAUAGUAAUAAUAGCUGAAAUAGUAGUAUAAUAGUCAACGGUUUAUAAUAAUAAUAAUAAUAAUAAUACAUUUUAUUUGUAUAGUGCUUUUCAGAGUACUCAAAGAGGCGAGGUACACCCUGGACUGGUGACCAGCCAAUCACAGGGCACAAACAACCAUUCACACUCACAUUCAUACCUAUGGACAAUUUGGAGUCGCCAAUUAACCUAGCAUGUUUUGUUGUAAAAAAAAAUCUGUAUGAGUUUGGAGAUGAACAGUUAGGCCAUAUUUCUUGUAUAGUUUCUCAAGCUGGCGUUUACGGGACGUCAUAUUAUGGCGCACAGGGGUGUACCAGGGGGCAGUAUGGGAGAAAAGCGACCAUUUUGAUUUUUUUUAGGGGCCAGUUCAUCGAGACAGGAGAGGGUAUUGUUGUAGUAGGAGACAAGUUCAGAGGGAUCCUGGUGUAUUAUGAGUAUAAAGGUAACUAUAGGGUUGUUAUUUCAUUUUUAGAGGGCUCUAAUGUUAAUGUAUUUAAAAGGUUGGAAUUUCUAUGCUGUAACUAUGAAUAUAUUCAAUUUAUACAUAAUGAACGUGACUACGGGAAAGUCACUUAUUAGGGUUUAGGGUAUGGAAUUGACCCUGAUAAAAGGACUACCAUACAUUAGCAAUGUAUAACAAACCGUUGUUAGCCCUCAGUAGCAGCAUUGUUUGACUUUUGAGGCGUAGCCUAUUAACUCUUGGAGGUAUCACUGUAUUACAUCAUCUGCACAAAGUGUUUUAAUAGACCUAAAAAAAAAAAAAAGUAAAAAUCAGACAGGCAUACGCCAUUAUUUGCUUCUGUUCCUUUUAAUAGUGAUUAAAGCCACGCUGAGAAACGUGUAAACAAAAAAGACACUUAAGGCGAAUGAUAACUUAUCAAUGUAAGAGCACAGUACAAAGUUAACUCGGAGCGGAAAACUAACACAAGCUGACAUGCACUUAUAAACUCAGACGGCUGUUGUGUAAACCAAGAACGGAUACACAUAGGAAAUAAUUCAUGAAAAUCAACACAUACAUAUGAGUACAUUGCAAAAUGACUCAUUGUUCACAUUCAUUUUCUUGAUAACUUAAUAUUUAAUAAAAAAAAAAACAGCUAAAAGUGUGAAUGUUUGUAGUUCAGCUCGAGUUAAACAGCAAACACUACAGAACUAACGUUAGCUUCAAUCAAUCAAUCCGCUACCAAGUUAUUACAGGGGUACUAAGAUUUUAAAUUUUCAAUAAAUGAACAGAAAUAUGAAUGAAUGAAAUGAUCUAUAGUGCUAUAUUGUACCGAAGUGUGAAUGAUUCAAAACUAGUUCACCAGUAAACUUUUCCUCCUGGAGGAAAAAAGUGUAGUUGAAAUAGUAAUAAUAGCUGAAAUAGUAGUAUAAUAGUCAACGGUUUAUAAUAAUAAUAAUAAUAAUAAUACAUUUUAUUUGUAUAGUGCUUUUCAGAGUACUCAAAGAGGCGAGGUACACCCUGGACUGGUGACCAGCCAAUCACAGGGCACAAACAACCAUUCACACUCACAUUCAUACCUAUGGACAAUUUGGAGUCGCCAAUUAACCUAGCAUGUUUUGUUGUAAAAAAAAAUCUGUAUGAGUUUGGAGAUGAACAGUUAGGCCAUAUUUCUUGUAUAGUUUCUCAAGCUGGCGUUUACGGGACGUCAUAUUAUGGCGCACAGGGGUGUACCAGGGGGCAGUAUGGGAGAAAAGCGACCAUUUUGAUUUUUUUUAGGGGCCAGUUCAUCGAGACAGGAGAGGGUAUUGUUGUAGUAGGAGACAAGUUCAGAGGGAUCCUGGUGUAUUAUGAGUAUAAAGGUAACUAUAGGGUUGUUAUUUCAUUUUUAGAGGGCUCUAAUGUUAAUGUAUUUAAAAGGUUGGAAUUUCUAUGCUGUAACUAUGAAUAUAUUCAAUUUAUACAUAAUGAACGUGACUACGGGAAAGUCACUUAUUAGGGUUUAGGGUAUGGAAUUGACCCUGAUAAAAGGACUACCAUACAUUAGCAAUGUAUAACAAACCGUUGUUAGCCCUCAGUAGCAGCAUUGUUUGACUUUUGAGGCGUAGCCUAUUAACUCUUGGAGGUAUCACUGUAUUACAUCAUCUGCACAAAGUGUUUUAAUAGACCUAAAAAAAAAAAAAAGUAAAAAUCAGACAGGCAUACGCCAUUAUUUGCUUCUGUUCCUUUUAAUAGUGAUUAAAGCCACGCUGAGAAACGUGUAAACAAAAAAGACACUUAAGGCGAAUGAUAACUUAUCAAUGUAAGAGCACAGUACAAAGUUAACUCGGAGCGGAAAACUAACACAAGCUGACAUGCACUUAUAAACUCAGACGGCUGUUGUGUAAACCAAGAACGGAUACACAUAGGAAAUAAUUCAUGAAAAUCAACACAUACAUAUGAGUACAUUGCAAAAUGACUCAUUGUUCACAUUCAUUUUCUUGAUAACUUAAUAUUUAAUAAAAAAAAAAAACAGCUAAAAGUGUGAAUGUUUGUAGUUCAGCUCGAGUUAAACAGCAAACACUACAGAACGUGAACAUGACAGAACGUGGUCAUUAUUAUGUAUGUGGAAAAACUCUUUGGCAUAUCAUCAAAAGUACAGUUCCGACAUAAAAAAACUACACUUUUUCUGACAAAUUUUCAACUAUUGGAUUGUUUCUGGUUCAGUGUGAUGAGGAGCAGCCCGGAGUUGCUGCAAAAGACUGUUAAUUGUCGUCAAGUGGAUUGCAUCAUCCCUGACCGGGCAUUAUCUGGCGUCAUUAAGCUGUCUGGCCACCGUCAGGAUCUCCUUUGCUCCUUUGCUCAACAGCAAGAUCGCGAGGUCCACGCCCAGCCGCUCGGCGUUGGCCUGAGACUCACUGCCGACCUUGAUGGCUGUGACGCCGACUCGCUGGACCUUCUCGUCUACCUCCUCUUGGCACUGGUACACAAGUUCAACGAUGUUGGCAUGAAAGGUAUAAGCAGUGCAACAUGCGGAAUAACCCAAAUUUUUUUAGUUGGAAACAUAAUAGUGACAUUUUUUUGUUUGACUGCACCCUGCACAUUCAUGAUUCAGCGUGAAUUAGUGAUUGGAUUUUUGGUAAAAUUUCUCUGAAAACACAACUCGGUCACCCUAAAUCGGUCAUACAGUAAUCCCUUGUUUAUCGCGGUGACUUGGUUACACAACUGUCCAUUAUAAGUACAUUUUUACCUUGUCACUAUAUUGCCACUAUAUAUAUAGUUGUCAAUAUGUCAUUUUAUGGUCAUAUCACCUUGUACUUCGGUACGUGAUAAAAAAAAACAAACAAACUAUAUUAGGAAAGCAGGAAGUGAACAAAUGUAACAGUUACUGAUUGUAAAAGUACCAGAUGGAGGGGUAGGAUUUAAUAAGCUUUGCUUCUUCCUACUCCUUUUGGACAUGUGGAACUGUGAACUGUUACUGACAAUCAGUAACUGUUUCAUUUGUUCACUUCCUGCUUUCCGCAUAUAGUUUUUUUUUAAAUUAUUAUUUUUUUAAAAAUUUUAAUUACAUUUUUUUUAAAUUAUUUUCUUUUUACAUUUUUUGUCCCGUACCAAAGUACGAGGUGAUAUGACCAUCCAAUGACAUAAUGUGUACCAUAGUAAGUGUCAAUAUAGUGAUAUAUAUAGCACAUCAUGACUGGUUCAAGACUCUUCAUCCUUGUAUUUAGCUUGUAUUUUAGCUGUUUGAAGAUUAAGUUUAAGUAUUUGUGAUUUUAGAAAUAAGGAGUUAGUAUGUUCUCUGCAGGCGGCAUGAUGAAUUAUCCUUACUGACCUUUUUUGCAGUAUAUUUAGCCAGUGAAGAUUGCUUUUAUAGUUAUUACCCCAUAUUUCCACACAAAGUAAGUUAAGGGUAACCAAGUUCACCAAAACUAUUAAUGUUAACUAAUCAAUAAGUUGUGACAUCACCAUCAUAAAUUCAGAAUAAAAAACAUGUUAAAUGUUAUGUAUAAGUAUUGAUAUACAAGUCGGGCGACCAGCCAGGGUGUCUUACCUUGUCAUUGACGGGGAUGCUAGUCUGCAUGGUGUCCUUCAGACUCUCCGACCCAUCCAGACUAAACACGGCACCUGUCAAGUAGAGCUGUGGAUGUAGGAGAAGAAAAGAUUAGAUUAAAUUUGGAUGAAAAGGUGUUAUUUUUCUUUAUUUGUACAAAGACGACAGGACGUGAUCUCACCUGAGAGUCUUUGACCUCUGUGUGCACAGCCACAGGAACACUGCAGCCCCCCUCCUGCAAAUGACACCCCCUCCCGGUGAACAGAGAGAUUGGAUGCAUGCCUGUUGCAUGCACAAUUCAUCAUUGUGUUGCUGUGUACCAAAUGCCUGAGGAAGGCUCUCUCGGCUAUGCAACGUAGCACGGUGUCACCGUCGUUUAGCACAGACAGCAUCUCCAGGAUGUCAACAUCGCUUGCUCGAAUCUCCACCGCCAGAGCGCCCUGACGUUAACACAUAUUAGUCCAACACACCGACAUACACAUCGUUUAUGAACACAGUAACCUGUUUCUACCUGUCCGACAGCAUACAUGCAGUCUUCCGGCUCCAGGAUCUAGCAGAGGAAGAACACACUGAAGAUGAGAAGUCAGCCAAACAGACAGACACUGGACUUCCUGUCAUUGAACAAAAAAAUGGAACCUGGCUGAUCCGGUUCUCCCAACCCAUCCUUUUGAGGCCUGCGGCAGCAAGAAUGAUGGCAACAAAGUCCUCCUUCUCAUCCAGCUUCUUCAGCCGUGUGUUUAAGUUUCCACGCUGGAGAUGAACACUCAGGAAAGAACGCUUCCAAAACAACAACUGCUCAUACCGUCGCACAAUUUCAAUCACAUCUGAUACAAAAUGUCUGACAUAUUGACUUUUUUGUCCCAAAACAGACAAAAACAAAGCUAAUUUUCCUAUAGGAAAUGGUGUAAGUUCAAUUCAUCUCUUCCAAACAUUCAAAAAAAGUAAUAAAAAAUAUGCACGGCGGUCGAGUGGUUAGCGCACAGGCCUCACAGCUAGGAGACCAGGGUUCAAUUCCACCCUCGGGCAUCUCUGUGUGGAGUUUGCAUGUGUGGGUCCUCCCCCAUUCCAAAAACAUGCUAGGUUAAUUGGCGACUCCAAAUUGUCCAUAGGUAUGAAUGUGAGUGUGAAUGGUUGUUUGUCUGUAUGUGCCCUGUGAUUGGCUGGCCACCAGUCCAGGGUGUACCCCGCCUCUCGCCCGAAGACAGCUGGGAUUAGGCUCCAGCACCCCCCGCGGCCCUUGUGAGGUAGAAAAUGAAUGAAUGAAAUACAUGUUAUGGAGAAUAAUUGUACUAAUAUAAUAAUAAUACUAUAAUAGCUUAACUGACUCUGUACUCUUGCUGCUGUGCAAUACAAAUUUCCCCACUGAGGGACGAAUAAAGGCAUAUCUUAAUCUUAAUCUUAAUCUUAAUGGUGAUGUCUGUCAAUAUGAUCCUGUUCUGAAAGAGUUUUAAUAAACGUUCUUUGUCUCCAAAAAGGAUACAAUAUCUUUAAACUCCAGAUGAGGGAAUCUCUUCUUCAACUGAGCAGCACGACGCAGUGAACUGGUUCCAAUAACACUGUAUCAACACACAGCAUUAAGUUGGCUUUUUAAUACGGAAGUGGUACUCGUGCACACAUAAUAGAUCAUACCUGUUUACUGGGAGAGACUCCAAGGUUUUCCCUGCAUGUUUUGGAUGCAGCACCACUGCGUCAUGAGGGUUCUCUCUCCUAGAAGACCGCAAAGAAAACGUGAAAGUUGGAUAACUUAAGAAUUGACCAAAAAUAUGGCAGUGAAUGUAAGAUUGUUCUUUUCUCGGGCUUAUCAUUGCUAACUGGCAUUCUUGACCUUUAAGAACAAGUUGAAUUCAUUAAUUUAAUGUAUAACUAAAUAGGGGGCCAAAACAACAUACAUACAUAUCCACACACACACAUAUAUAUAUAUAUAUAUAUAUACACAUAUACACACACACACACAUACAUACAUACAGUGGUAAAAAAAAAACAGGGGAAACCUCACACACACUCAACAGAGGCCCCAGAAGCAUCCAAAAACGGCAUAAAAUGCCAGACUUUGACGGCGAUGAUUUUUGACAAAAAUGGGUUAGUAUG